GUGACGAAGCUGGCGGCGUAAAGUGAAACAAACAAAAAGAGGAAACCGCAGCGGAGACGGCAUGGAUCCCGGCGCGGAGCCGCUGCGGGUCGGCGGGGUCCCGGUUCCGCCGGUUCCACCGGUUCCGGACGGCGGGAGGCUCGAGGAGGUUUGGAAGAGGCACGUCGUCCGGCAGCUGAAGCACAGAGACCGGACCCAAAGCAGCAUGUUCCAGGACCUGACCCGCUUCUAUACUCGGGUUCUGGAGAAAACCAGCCUGACCAAAGGAAUCCUGAGCGGCUCUGCCAGGUUUCCGUCUGCAGACGGCACGGCGCUCUCUCUGCAGCAGCACAACUUCCGGUUGCGGAAGAUAACCGGAGAGCUGGCCUAUCAGGUGGUGGAUCUGCAGCAGCAGAUCAAGAUCAAGGAUGGAGUUCUGGAAAAACAGCGUGCCAGGCUGGAGGACGGCCGGCUGCAGCUGGACGCCAGCAGAGACGCUCGGCAGGAUCUGCAGGUGCGGCUGGAGCAGGUCCGCCAAGACAUGGGAACGCUGAAGGUGGAGUAUGACACGCUGCUGCAAAGACAGAGGGAGGCGGAGUCACGACUCAGGGAGGAGAAAAUGAGGGAGGAGCAUCUGCUGGAGACCAUCAUGCUCCAGAAGAACCAGGAUGCUGAUCGCAUGAACAGACGCAACGACCGCAGCUGCAGAGCUCGAGAGGCCACUCUGCAGAAGGAGCUGCAGGCCGCUGCCAGGUCACAGGUCACCGUCGACAGCUCCUCCAGCACCCCCCCCUCCACAGAGGCGGCUCCCAAACCUCAGAGUCCGGACGAGUCCAGCGGGCGGAGACGAGCUCGCCUCUUCAGGUCGGCAUCAGACGCCACCUCCAGGAUCCUCCCCUCCAUCAGAGGCUUUUUCCAGAAGAGGCGUGGCCUCUCUGUCUGUAGUCUGGAGGAGGACUUCCCCCAUCCUGUGGGGAUCUGUGUGUACGCCAGAGUUCCUGCUCGAGCGCUGCAAGCUUUGGAGGCCCAUGAGCAAGGCAUCAACACGGUGCGGUUCAGCUGCAGCUCGGACCUGCUGGCCACCGGCGGGACGGACCGGGUCAUCAAGCUGUGGGCGCUGCGCGCAGGCACGCUGACGCACAGGGCCACGCUGGACGGGAGCACGGAGGGCGUCACCUGUGUCGAGUUCGACCACACGGGGCGCCGGGUCUUGGCAGCCUCCUUCGACCGGUCGGCCUUGCUGUGGCGCCUCGGCGACUCCAGUCCUAAGGUGACUCUGACGGGUCACAGUAGGAAGGUGACGGCGGCCAGGUUCACCACGGCGCCCCAUCAGGUGGUGACGGGCAGUGCGGACCGGACCAUCCGGCUGUGGGACCUGCAGAGAGCCGCCUGUGUGCAGCAGGUGGAGACGCCGUCCUUCUGCAGCGACCUGGUCUGCUCGGAGAACUGCAUCGUCAGCGGACACUUUGACUCCAAGAUCAGAGUUUGGGACGGCAGGUUGGGGGGUUGCAUUCAGGAGCUUCCGUCUCAGGGGAGAGUCACCUCUCUGGACUUGAGCUACGACCGUCGACAGGUGCUCAGUUGUUGCCGUGACGACAGCCUGCAGCUGGUGGACCUGAGGAGGUGGAGCCAGAACCGUGCGGUCUUCAGAGCCGAGGGCUUCAAAUGCGGCAGUGACAGCACAAAGGCGGUGAUCAGCCCGGACAGCAGCUAUGUGGCGGCCGGGUCGGCUGACGGCAGUGUGUUCGUUUGGAGAGUUUCCACGGCUCACCUGGAGACCCGCCUCCUCCAGGAGCACAGCUCGCCUGUCAACGCCGUGGCCUGGUCUCUGUCCGGCGAGUACGUGGUCAGCGUGGAUAAGAGCCGGUGGGCGGUCCUCUGGAGCGACAUCUGAGUUUCCACCGCGUUCACCUGAGACUUUGUUAAGGUUUCACACCUGGGGGGAGGGGCUGCAUCCCUGCUAACCAGCAUCCUCUGCUCUGGUGUGUUCUGAUUGGCUGGAGACACCUGACAGCUGUCAAUCAUCUCCACCAGGAAAAGAGGGAACGCCGUUAUUUAUUGUUGAAGAGAACGCCGACUUCUGCUUUAGAACUCACAAACCAGUGAAUCGGAUCAGAACUGAACAGAACCAGAACUUUGUUUUGCCUCCAGGCUUCUGUUCAAAUCGGGUUUUUAAUAAAGUAUCUUCUGUUACUCAUGA